GCUACGAGGAGAUGCUGGAGAACUGGGCACUUCACGCGGACAAAGUGGGCCUACAAGGGCACUACAUCAUCUUUGCUGCGGAAAGGCAGAGCUUUGACUAUGCCAACCAGAAGUGGCCGGGGCAGGCACUCCUGCUGGACUUGGAGGGCCAGUUCGUGCACGAAGACGAAAAUGUGGAUGUCUCAAAGGCCAUAGGGAUCAACUCAGCAGGCUUCCACCGCGUGGCGUCCCGCCGGGCCGUUUACAUCUUGCACCUCCUCGCAUUCGGCUUCUCUGUCCUCUACUCAGAUAUCGACCUCGCUUUGCUUCAAAACCCCCUCCCGUACUUCGCUCCUCUCUCCUCCUCAUCCCCCCCCUCCUCCUCGUCCUCCUCCUCUCCCCCACCUGCCCCUGCUCCGCCGAAAGAAUUCGACGUGUUCAUCACCGCAGAUCAAGCCUGGACGGACGGCCCAGAUCACACGGUCAGUCUGGCCGAGCCGGGACUCCCAAUGGUCAUGUGCUCCUGCUUCCUCUUCUUCCGCCCCUCAGCGGGAGCCAAGGCUCUCGCAGCCAUGUGGGCAUUUAGCAUGGUGGAGAGAGGGCAUGAGAUCGGACUAGACCAGGACCAUUUACUCGAUGUGAUGAAGAUUAUGAGAGAGCGGGGGAUUGAGGCGAAUAUCGGCGUGCUGCCCGGAAAAAAAUUCCCUUCGGGCGAGCUGAUGGCGAAUGAUAUGAUGGGGUUUCUGGGGUUGAAGCCGGGGGUGGUGAUGGUGCAUGCCAACUAUGUGGUGGGGAAGCGGAAGAAGAUUGAGCGGUUGAUUGAGGCUGGCGUGUGGCUGCUGCCACCGCCGGCACCCGAGGGAGAGGAGAAGGGCAAGGGAGAGGGGAGCAGUGGGAGCGGCGGUGGUGAUGGUACUGCUGUUGCUGCUGCUGCUCCUUCUGCUCCUGCUCCUGCUCCUGCUGCUGCUGCUGUUGCUGCUGGUGGUGGUGGGGAAGGCAAGGAGGAAGGGCAGGGAGGCGAGGAAGGGGAGGAGGAGAUGGAGAGGAGGUUGAUGGGAGUGGCGGAGUGGGUGCCGUCACAUGUGGAUGCCGUCUUGAGGGUGGCACCUGGUGUGGCCAGGGAUGGCCCGCUCAUUCUCACCGUGCUCUGCCAUGCAAGCGAGUCGGACCUGUUCAGGAGUUGGCUGGGGGCCAUUUCAAAGCUCGGCCUCUCAACCAACUUCCUUGCCUCUGUUGCCACUCAGGUACCUCUACCUGCCAACGCUCCCGCCAGUCACAUUAUUCGCCAGCCUGCCUCUGCCGCGUCUACUGGCGGCAGCGGGAGUGAGGAGAAGGCAGGGGAGAAGGCAGAGGAGAGGGACAGGCUAGCGUGUCUGCUCAUGCCGGCGCUGCUGGCCUCGCGCCUACUUGCUGCCAACAUCACGGUGCUGUUCAGGUGGGUGUGGUGCGCAUUCAAGACUAUGUCCAAAGAGCCUUCUCUUUCAGACAAGGCGCAGGGGAACGGAGAGAGCACACCCCUCGCGUUGUCUGUGGCCGUGCAAAGUGCUCUCAACCAUGCCGUAGCACGUGUGGUGGAAGCACAGGCAGGUGAAGGGGCAGGUGGUGAAGGAAUCACAAUCGGGGUUUUGCCUGCAUUUUUGUUUCUGCCAAGUGCGGUGGUGUGUGAGGAGAGGCAGUGGGUGCAGCAGCAUAGGGAGGAGGUGGUAGCGUUUCACAACAGCUGUGGGGCGAGCAGGGAGAGCAAGGCGUCUCUGCUGAAGGAGCUGCAGCUGUGGGUGGAUGGGUGA